AUGAAAAUUUUAAGCUGGAACGUCCGUGGUUUGGGGAGACAACGGACGAUUAGAAGACUUCGGUAUUUACUGAAGGAAAAUAAUCCCCAAAUAGUCUUCUUUAUGGAGACAAAACUUAAUAAAAAACAGAUAGAAAUUGUUCGUAGAAGAUGUGGCUUUCUAUAUGGAAUCGAGGUUGAAGCUGAGGGCACAAAAGGAGGAUUAUGCUUAGCAUGGAGAACCGACAUGGAUAUAAUGCUGCGUAGUUUUUCUAAAAGACAUAUUGGCGUGUCAAUAGAAGAUAAAGAAAAAGGAGCUAAAUGGAGAUUUAUAGGCUUUUAUGGUUCCCCCUAUGUACAAGACAGAUACGAUUCAUGGGAAGUUUUAAAGAGAUUGGCAAGUGGUGAGGUAUUGCCAUGGUUGGUGUGUGGCGACUUUAACGAAAUCAUGUAUGGAUUUGAGAAGAAAGGAGGGCUACCGAGAGAUGAAAGAAGGAUGGAGUUAUUUCGGAAAAUGCUAGAAGAUUGUUAUUUAUUUGACGUUGGAUAUGAAGGCAACUGGUUCACUUGGGAGAGAGGGGAAUUACUUCAGAGACUGGAGAGACUAAAAGAAGGUUUGAAGGAAUGGGCUAGAAGAAUUCAAUUUAACAGGAAAAAAUCUAAAAGAAUUUUGACUGCAAAGCUUGAAGAGUUGGUUGUAGCUGAAAUGGAUGAUAUGGCUUUAGCUGAACUGAUUGAUACUAAAAUAAGCUUAAAUUUUGAGAUUGAAAAAGAUGAAUGCUAUUGGGAACAAAGGGCCAGAACAAAUUGGUUGAAGUUUGGAGAUAAAAAUACAAAAUUCUUUCAUAGUCAAGCUUCACAACGAAAGAAGAGGAACUUUAUUCACAAGUUAAAGAACGAAAAAGGAGAAGAGAUGGUGUUUUUUCAGGAUGUUGAGGUUACGGCGCGAGCUUAUUUUCAAAAUCUUUUUUCGGCAGGUAGAAGGGGGAAUUAUGAUCAUAUAUUAUCAGGGGUCGAACGGUGUAUUAAUGAGGAAGACAAUCAAAGACUUACAGCUCCAUAUUCCAGGGAAGAAGUUAUAGAAGUUGUCUUUGACAUGGGUCCAACGAAGGCGCCAAGGGAAGAUGGCUUUCCAGCAGCAUUUUACCAGAAAUGUUGGCAGAUAGUGGGAGAGGACGUCAUAUCUUAUUGUCUUCGAAUGCUGAAUGGUGAAAUGAAGGUUAUAACUAAUAGGCUUCGGAUUGUUAUUGGGAAAUGUAUUGAUGAAGCUCAAAGCGCUUUUGUACUAGGGCAAUUGAUAUCAGACAAUGUUUUGUUAGCUUAUGAAGUACUGCAUAAGUUAAAGCUGAAGAGACUGGGGAAAAAAGGUUUUAUGGCUGUAAAACUGGAUAUGAGCAAAGCUUAUGACAGGAGGUUUAAGACAAGGCGACCCACUAAGUCCGUUCUUAUUUCUUUUGUGCGGAGAGGGCUUAUCGAGUCUGUUAAGAUUGGCUAUGAAGAGAGGUCGAAUGAUCCAGAGAGGUACUUGGGUUUGCCAAAUAUGGUGGGACGAAAGAAAAAGGAAGCUUUUCAGAAUCUGAAGGAUCAUUUCAAGAAGUGUAUCGAUAAUUGGAGUAUCAGAGGGGAUAUCAUCUCUAUUUGGGAAGAUAACUGGAUUCAGGGGGUCGAAAAAAUUGGUGCACAAAACAGAACAAACAAAAGCGAACUACAGUCAGUUUCAGAUCUUAUAGAUUUAUCUAGUAGGAAAUGGAAAAUGGAUGUGGUCAACAGUACCUUUCAAGAAGAAAUUGCUAGGAAAAUAUUGCAGAUUCCCUUAACAGAGUUUGAGCAUGAGGAUUUUCAGGUGUGGAGAGGAGAACUUUCCGGCGAGUUCUCGGUCCGCAGUGCCUAUAAACUAUUACAAGAUGCUAAUCGGUUAGUUCAGAGCCUGAAACUGAAGCGGAUGGAUCCAGGUGGUAGUGUCAUGGGUUGCGCGUGGGAGGCCGCAACCAUGACACAUUCGUGUGAUCCAUCAAGUGGGAAGGAGGUCAUUUGGCCUGAUCGGACUGACCCAUUGCUUGAAGAGAUUGAAGGCCCAUCUACAAGCUCGUCACAUAUGGAAACAUAA